GCGGCGGCUUCCAAAAAACUUAACAAAAAUCUUCCUCCUUUCCUCCUCGCCCUCUCCUGCUUUUGCUUUUUUGGGGCGGGGCUUCUGAUAGCCCGAGCAUCAACAGCCAGCGGCCUGUCGCGUGACUACACGCCGUGUGACGUAGGAGGAAGAAGAAGACGCCAUUAGAGAGAAUCUGAGUGAGCUGCCCUGGUAUAGGAAAGUGAGUUUCACUUUCCUUCAGUGACCCUUCCUCCCUUCACCCCCACUUCGCGUUUGCGUGCGGCCUCGCUGCUUUUCGUUUUGGUUCAGUCCGGUCCUUCCUCGGCGCCCCGCGUUAGGAGUUGAGCGGGGUGUGGCUGUCGCUGAUGUGAGGCCGCGGCAGCGGUGGCCACUUCGCUGCGGAUGGCGACGGCAGCGGCGGCUUCUGGCGCAGGAAGCGGCACUGCUGGCGGGCGAACCUUUUCCUUCAAGGUGGUUCUCCUCGGGGAAGGCUGCGUGGGGAAGACCUCGCUGGUUCUCCGCUACUGCGAGAACAAGUUCAAUGACAAGCACAUCACCACCCUCCAGGCAUCUUUUCUAACAAAGAAGCUAAAUAUUGGGGGAAAAAGAGUAAACCUUGCAAUAUGGGAUACAGCAGGGCAAGAAAGGUUUCAUGCACUGGGACCCAUUUACUACAGAGACUCUAAUGGAGCUAUUUUAGUGUAUGAUAUAACAGAUGAAGACUCUUUCCAGAAGGUAAAAAAUUGGGUCAAAGAAUUAAGAAAAAUGUUGGGAAAUGAAAUCUGUCUAUGCAUAGUUGGUAACAAAAUAGAUUUGGACAAGGAAAGACAUGUCUCUAUUCAAGAAGCAGAAACGUAUGCAGAAUCGGUAGGAGCAAAACACUAUCACACAUCAGCCAAACAGAACAAAGGCAUAGAAGAACUCUUUCUUGACCUGUGUAAAAGAAUGAUAGAAACUGCACAAGUCGAUGAGAGAGCACGAGGCAAUGGUUCCAGUCAGUCAGGAACUUCAAGGCGGGGAGUACAGAUAAUUGAUGAUGAACCAGCAGUUCAGAGCAGUGGAGGCUGCUGCUCAUCUGGCUAAUUGUAUAAGACUGUGUUUCUUGCCCCCUUAGCAAAGACUGCCAUAUUCAAAGUCUCAUUCUUUAUCAGUGGAGAAUCGGAAUUAACAGUAUUCAAAAUCAUUUCUAACCAUUCAGUACCAUUAAGUGCUAAACUAGUGGAGUAUGUGACCAGAGAAUUGGCGUUUUCUACAAUGGUUAACAAAGCAAACCAACGGCCUUUUUACAUAUUUCUUCAAUAAUGAAUAAUAUUGCAUGUGGAAAAGACUUAUGGCUUCAUUUAUAUUUUAAAUGAGAUCAUUAUUUAAUAACUUAUAUACACGAUUGGAAUGAGACAUUUUUGCAGCCCUUUGUAUUUUGUGGUAGAUUGAACUGUAUCACUUCAAAAUUGCAACCUAGGUUUUUUUUAAUUAGCAGAUACCUGAAUACUAUUUUUGCAGGGUUCGUAUCAACCUAUAACUGUCUGACUACUUUGAUAUAUUCGUUCUGUACUCCAUGCUGGUGAAAAUAAAUUGUAAAUUACAUAUUAAAUAUUUUAUCUGCUUUGACAAGUGCAGGUGCAGAAAUAUGCACAUUAGUCUUGUCAGUGAUUGUGAAGUGAGUUAACAGUUGAUGAAAAAAACAAAUUUCAUUAUCUACUGUUCAUUUUUCCCUUGCUACAUUAUGACCAUUCUUGCUUGCUCUGAAGUUUACAUAUUUUUGGGCAAACUUUCUGGCAAGUAUUGGUCUCUAUAACACGUUAGGUCCAAACAUCUACUUGGAAUAUUGUAAACUGUUGCUACACUUAAAUCUACUAAUAGAAGUUUGACAUGCCUAAAAUACGCUUUAGCUGCUUUUGUCACACAGGAAAUGAACCAUAGGAACUGAUAAUCACUAAACAAGAGCUGAUAACAAAACUUCCGUUCUUAUAUCGUUGCUUUCUCGUGUCAAAUUGUUCUCCCAGUUAACGAAAUUAAGUAAAAAAUAAUUUGGCUGCAAUAUUUUUCUUUUCUCUACAGGCCAGUGAAAUUGUUAGGAACACCAUAUGUAAAUCCACUUGGUUUUUCAAUUGGAGGGGUUUCAAAUAACUAAGUAUACAACAAAUGUGUUCUGAAGGAACAGAAUAUGCAUAAUAACCUAGAGCUGUUCUUGUAUUGGAACUAGAACAGUAAAGCUAAAACAGAAUAUUUCUUGACUUGCUGAGGGCAAUAUCACUUAAGGUGAUGUUUGGAAAAUGAGUAUAUGUUGGUGUGGAAGUAGAGUACAUGGUUUAGCCUUGGAAACUGGCUUGUGUGAUCCUCAUACUGUCACAUAUGGUGCUUUGAAUUUUCAGUAGUGCAAACAAAAAUAAAGUUGCACUGGGAACUUGGCACAACCUCAUUAACUUCACUCUCCAAACUCUGACACAAUCUUUAAGAGUAAUGGUUUUCUAAAACGCUGCAUGGAUUCAUUAAUCACAAGUUGUAUGAAAAUCAGCUGAGGUCUAUGGGAAAAUUAGCUGCCACACAUGGCCAUAAUCUGGAUAAUUUAAUAUGUACACUGUACUCUGUACCUUAAUCCUAAUUGUAAAUUAGAUGAUCUAUUAAAGUACAUCUGUUUAGCUUGGUUACUGUGACUUCUACCAUGUGCUGCUGUAAACUAUUCUAUCUUCAUUAAAUAUUCAUAUUUAGUACCUUC